AUGCGUGAUUCUUUUAUGGAUAUUGAUAUUUCUAAUCCUGCCCGUGUAGAUAUUAAUUCCCAUAGUCGUACGGCGGAAAAUUUCCCCCUCUCGAGGGUUAAUAUUUCUUCAAGCCUACCAUAUUCUUCUCGUACAGCCUCACCAGGCGUUUUUGCUUCCCGCAAUCAACGUUCAACCUCACCAAUGCUUCUUCGCUUAGAUCUUUCGCAGAAUUUAUCACCCGCAACGGUGCAUGUUUGUGAUAUCUCUUCCUCUUCCUUGCCUUACGGAACAAGAUCCUAUGCCCCCUCAAAUCGCCCUGAUAAUGCUCAGCAAUCGAACAACACCUUGACGUAUUCAUCAGAUCAGCACCCAAAAAUAACUCUUUUGGCCAUUGAUAGUCUUAGGAAGGAAAAAAAUUUUUGCGAUACUGUACUUAUCGUAGAGGGUAAAAAAAUAUAUGCUCACCGAGUAGUGCUUUCUGCUUGCUCACCAUAUUUUCGAGCUAUGUUUGCAGGUGAAAUGGCCGAAUCUCACCAAACUGAGGUGACUCUUCAUGAUUUAUCAUUCGCUGCCGUUGAUGCUCUUGUCGACUUUUGUUAUACAAGCCAGGUGAUUGUCGAGGAGGGGAAUGUACAAUCCUUGCUACCAGCGGCUUGUUUAUUGCAGCUUACGGAAAUCCAACUUGUUUGUUGCGAAUUCUUAAAACGUCAAUUAGAUCCUUCCAAUUGUCUCGGUAUUCGAGCUUUUGCGGAUACACAUGCUUGUGUCGAACUUUUGCGUGUGGCUGAUAAGUUUACACAUCUUAAUUUUUUGGCAAGUCAUUUCAUGAUUUUAUAUUUAUUUAUUUACGAUAAGCGUUGCAAUUUGAUUAUUUACAUUUUUGAAUAA